AUGCAUCGGUCUGAUGAGCGCACAGCGAAGACCUCGCCCCGUGCGAAGGCGUCCGAGCACUUCUCGGCUUUCCAAUCGUUCUGCCCACCAAAACCGCAGCCUCCUGCAACGUGGCUUCGACCUGAUGAAGCCAAGUCCCUGUACAAAACCUACACCGAGAAAUGGGCAGCACUUGGUCCGACUGAUCCCAACGUGCCGUUUCCAGGUCGAGGUCUGAAUGCACGGUCUCUGUCUAAGCGAGACAGCCUAUACGCCCCGAACAUUUCUGCCGCAGUCUCUACGUGGUCCGAGGAGAACGUCCUCCAGGCCAACGUGCAAGCAUUCUUCCUGGGCGCCGUCGGCUUGUCACCAGUGUACUCGGAGACUUCCCCCUCUCGCAAGCUGACGACGUCGUUUGACAAGGCCAAGGCUAGCGAUCAGCAGAUCCGCGAAUUGAUUGACGUUUUGAAAAAGGAAAAGGUUCGUUGGCACUCGGAUCGUCUUGGUCGUCGUAACGGUGGCUCGACGGACGGUCCCAACACGGCCUUGCAGAAGGAUGAGCGGGCGCGGGCCGUGUUUCAUGCGGUCUGUGAAUUGAUGGAGGUGGCACAAGCUUGA